AUGCCACAACUUGAGCCUGCCCCAUGAUUCUCUAUAUUUACAGUGUCAUGACUAAUUAUUCUAUUAUUAAUUAUGCCAACUAUUAUAUUUUACCAAACACAAAACACAGUCUCUGCUCAACAAGCCACUAAACCUAAACAACCUACCUGAACCUGACCAUGACAUUAG